AUGACUCAGGGAGCAACUGCACAAGUGGUGGUGUCGCCAUACCAGCUCGAUAUUCCCACGACAGACAUUGCAUCCUUUGUCCUCUCGUCAGGAACAGCGAGCUCGAGGAUUCAGCCGCAGUAUUUUGAUGCCACAAAUCCGUCCAAAUGCUUCAGUCUCGAGCAAGCAGAGACCUACGUCAAGCAGUUGGCGCAUGGUUUGCGAAAAAUCCUCAAUCCGGGAGACAAGGUGCUCCUGUAUUCCGGUAAUAGACUGCUCUUUCCGGUCUUGCUCUGGGGCACCGUAGCGGCGGGCUGCGUCUUCACAGCUGCAUCUCCUUCGGCAUCACAGAAUGAGUUGGAAUAUCAACUUCGUGACUCGGAAGCCAGCGUCCUCAUUACAGAACCCGAGAAUGUUAGCACCUCUCUGAAAGCUGCGGCCGCUGUGGGGAUGCUAGCCGACCGGGUUUUUCUGUUUGCUGAUCCAGGAGAAGACCUAUCUCGGUACCGCACACUGAGGACUAGAUCGUGGCUGACGAUCUGGUCCCCAGUUGAGGAGGUCGGCACUUGGUCAUGGACAAAGCUGAGAACUUUGGAAGAGGUGAAAUCCACGACGGCCGUGAUCAACUAUUCUAUUUGCGCGACUAGAACCACAGGCAUUCCAAAGGGGGUAGAACUUUCUCACUACAACUUGGUGGCCAAUUCCACGCAGCUCGUCCACAAACGGAGCAUCGUCGGAGCCGGUGCUAGUGCGCUAGCCAAAAAAUCACGGCUUGACAGCUCUGGGGAACGGUGGCUUGCUCCCUUACCGAUGUAUCAUGCCUAUGGUCAAACAUAUUAUUGCAUGAACGCCGCUCGGAUUGGAGCCAAGGUAUUCAUCAUGCCAAAAUUUGAGGUCGACGAAUUUCUGCUAUAUCUAGAUAUCUACCGGAUCACGUUCAUGACCGCGGUUCCCGUGGUUCUGAAUAUGCUUGCGAAACAACAACACCCGCAAAAGUACAAUCUCAAUGCUAUCGAGAGCGUCGUGACGGGCUCAGCGCCCUUAAACCCAGAGAUGGGGACGCUGAUCGAGAGGAUGUACCUGAAGCCAGGGGUUACCAUCAAACAAGGACUUGGAAUGACGGAAUGCACAUGCUCAGUGGCUGGCUUUGGACCCGAUGAGGAGAGCGACCACAAGUCGGUAGGUUGGCUGAACGCGAACUGCCGUGCGAGAGUCGUCCCAAUCGAAGACCGAGAUUUCAGCUCCUCAGGUCCUCCAGGAGUAUUUAUCGGGGAACUCUGGUUCUCGGGCCCUAAUGUAAUGAAGGGAUACUAUAAGAAAGCCAAGGAGACGUCAGGGGCCAUUGUGCACGAACAGGGACACAGAUGGCUACGCACGGGGGACGUUGGGUAUAUCGACGAGAAAGGGCACAUCUAUAUUGUUGACCGACUGAAGGAAUUGAUCAAGGUCAAAGGCUUGCAAGUAGCCCCAGCAGAGCUAGAGCUGGCACUCUUGACGCAUCCCGAUGUCGCCGAUGCUGCCGUUGUGGGGGCCAAAAUCAACAAUGAAGAGUAUCCUCGUGCAUUUGUGGUUAGGAAGACCGACGGCAAGGUGAAGGAGGAAGAGCUAAAAGACCUCAUCAAGUCGCGCUUUGCUCUACACAAGCAUCUCACUGGUGGCGUAUACUUUGUCGAUACAAUCCCUCGUACUGGGAGUGGCAAGGUCAUCCGACGAGCUCUACCCAAUCCGGGGCCUGUGGUGAGGCCUACCAAGCUGUAA